GGCCUUUUGACGCUGCAAAGCGUGGCUUUUUUUCUUCGUAGGUAUUCUUUCUGGUAAAUGCGUAUUUUUUGUACUGCGAGCGCUAUCAUUCCGAAUUUUGCCGCAGGACGAGGACAAGGAAGCCCUAGAAGACGGAGACUUACGACUACGUCUAACUGUAAAACUACCGCCGCCCCCUGAUAUUAUUUAUCAGAUCAAUACAGCAAAAAUGCUGCACCAGCAUCCAGAAGCUGCACAAGAGCCUGCUCUCCACCCGAGGAGCGGGGAGAGUACUAUUCAAACCACAGGGCAAGAAACCUCCUCGUCCCUGCUCGCUGCUGAUCCGGCACUCGUGCCCCCGCAUUUGCUGGAUUUCUUCACCCGCUUGGAAGAAAGGGAGAAGCUGUAUCGAAAGGAAAAAUCCCCCCUCCCCAUAUCAAAACAGGAUUUCUGAUGCUGGAUUUGUGUACACGAAUCAGCUUUGUAUUGCAGGUAGGCACUGCGGCCAGAUCCCCAGGCUAGGUCGGGGCGUAUGGGUCUAGUUGUUCAGCAGGGCAAACGGCUCCCCUUUAGGCCCAACAGCAUGACAAACCGCUUCCCUACUGGGGCGGGAGCUACUUCCCUUGUCUUCUUGCAAGACAAAUGCGAUUUUUGCCCUCAAAUUUCCGGAGUCAUACCUUUGCAAUAUGGGGAGGGGGGAUUUUUCACUUUGAUAAACUGCGCCCGUUUCUACCGCUUAUGGGCAGUGUGGACGUCCGGCAGGCGGAAAGCGGGCGGGUUUGCGCAGUGGACGUGAAUCGGUAUCCUCAGGGGUUCAACAAUGUGUACGAAAAGGAUUUCGAAAUUGGGGCGAAACUCUUAAGACAGAGAAUAGAAGAAGACAGAAAUGCGGGCGAUUGCGAGGAAAUAAAAGCAGGUAGUAGUACUACAGGAGCCAAUUAUAGCAACGAUUUCUUGGUGGGCCACCGCGUCGUGGGGAAAAAGAAAAAUUUCGAUCCCGAAAAGCGGAACAAUAGUGGUCCUUCCCGUUGGCCUGUGACGGGGAAGCAGAAAAGGAAGAUGGUCCACCUUCACAUUGUGGAAGAGGACUACCAGAAGGUAUGACGGAUAAGUUUGUAAUGCACCUAAAGCCUCACAGAGUACAGACUUGAUCCACUCCAACAGUCCAAAGAUCUAGACACUAGCCUAAGGACAUGAAGACUGACAUACCAAGAUCCUUAGUGCUGCAACAGCGUGAAGAACUAGACGAACACUGAGACAACAUGAUGGACGUACUUACUUACUACCAGGGCCCUUGAGCUAGGUUAGGCACAUAGACAAACAGCAUAGAAGUAGUACUAGUAGUCAUGGCACUAUAGAUGUGCAGAGCUGUUCUACCAUCGUAGUUUGUUUUGCGUACUCCGUGGGAAGUUUGCGUGACAGUGCAGAUUUUCCCUUUACAGAGUUAUGAGCCCAGCACAUAAGUAGAAGUAGAACUAGACCACUAGCAAAGUAGAGCCAUUAGUAGGCUAGAACCAUGAAGGCAAAUCACGCAACCCACGCGGCGAGGUAGCAAACAGAUCCAGUCAGUAGCAGGCUGGCAAGCAAGCAGCAACAGGACAGCGGGCGACGUAGGCAGCCCGAGGAAGAACGACGCAGCGAGCGGUCGGAACGGCUAGGAAACGGAAGCAAAGCUGCUGCGACCGUUCGCAUGGCUAGGAUAGGAACAGGCCCAGUAGAGUAUGAAUCAUUUGGAUUUUGAGUUUCGAACUAGCUAGAAAAGCCUACCCAACGCCGGUAGCUACAGAGCAAGAAGAGCACUCACCUGACAAACUUGUCCAUGUCCACGUCCAGAGCUGCAGAAAAAGAAGAUGGUCCACGUUCACAUUGUGGAAGAGGACUACCUUAAGGCCGGCGUCGGACCGUCCGAACAGGUGCAGGAUAAUUGUGGGGAGAGUUGUAGUUCAAGUUCAGAAGCUCCUGCAAGACGAGCACAACUUGAGCAGGGAAAUGAUAAACAUGCAGGAGUGAUGAAAGUCGACGAACAAGAAGACGCACCAGUACAACUUCUACCCUCUGGUGGUCUGGCGCAGGAGCAGCAUCCGUACUACGCGCACCUGAAAGCGCUGAAGCAGUUCGUCAAUCGAGCAGUUGGAGGCGUGGAAGGAGAGGACUCCGUCUGUGAACCCCAAGAUCUUGUUGUUCCAGCACAAGCCAGUUCUUCUUCUCUACACCCGCUUGUAGGUCGCGAAAAUCAUGUCUUCAACAUUCUGAACACGUCCUACCCUUCGGACUUGGCAGCCGUGGAAGAGGUAGAAGAUGGUCGUCCUCGCGCGGACGAAUCAGUAGAAACACCAUUAGGUCAGCGGCAGAAGAACAUUAAAGCGAUCGCGCCAGACGAACACGACCCGGAACUGUACAAUUCCUACUGCAAGCACGAAGUCUACACGUACAUCCACGCCUGGCUGGAAGAGCUGCGGCUUUUCGAGAAAAAUCGGUUCUUCGCGGACGCCUUUUCAAGGAGAAUCGCGUCGCAAGCCGAGAGCAGCAGCACUACCGAGACGGAAGAUGUUGAGCAGCCCGGUGAGCAAAGGGAGGUGGACGAAGUAGCAAUGUUAAAUGGGGCUGCUCAGGAGCCACAGGGGUCGGUUUGCGAGGGAAAAGCGCCGGGUUCUCGUGCCUACUUAGGUGCUCCGGGUGAUCCCGCACAUCAACCGACGAACCACCCGCGUCCCGCACCGCUUCUGCUCCACGAAACCACCGUAUGACAGCGCACAACUCCCCCUCCCCCGCAUUUGUCAUGCAAAAUCCCAAAUCCAGACUGUGCCUCUGAGCACUGUUUGCGUGACAAGUUCUGGCAGCCCAAAUACAUAGCACUACACUCUUGUCCAAAUUUGUCAUGCAAAACCGGCAUUCUUGCUCGUGCUUGUACUGCCGUUCCUGCAAUACAAAUGAGGGGGAGGGCGAGUUGUGCACUGUCAUACACCGAUCUGGAGGCUAGGUUCGAGUUGCUCCCCGCGAACGCGCAAUAUUGUUCAGACCAAUUGGCGUUUUUUGUCGGAGAGAAGCUGGUCACGAUGGCAUCGAACAAGGGUGGAACAGCACGGGCGCCGUCGUCGACGCAGACACCGUGGAAAAAAGUUUUCAUCAAGGACGACAAUGGCUGUAAUGGCAUCGGGCUCUGCGUGUUCGGGCCGGAGGACUUGGUAGAAGUAGGACGAGCAGAUGGGCGGGGCGGUGUAGCUGCGCCAGACGUAGGAGGAGGUCCUGCGGAUUCGAGUACGUCGAAAACGUCCACAGGAAGUACUAGUAGAGGUUGCACCGACGAGAGCAAAGGCCGCCGGGUAGUAGAACCCGCUGUCCCAUCCUCCUCCCUGUGCACCUUCGGAAACAACUUUUACGGCAGUUAUGUAUUGCAACAUCGUGUGAAAAUGACCAACCAGCACCGGAAGAUCCUGCGGCCGCGGAACAAAGUCUGUCUGGCGCCGAAGUAUAUCAAAAGGAAAAAUCGCCCCUCCCCAUAUCAAAACGAAACUUCUGAUGCUAGAUUUGGGUACACAAAUCACAUUUGUCUUGCAGUAGAGGACUGCAGGCAUAUGCCGAGCCUGAGGCGAGAGGUUUUGACGUAGGUGCCUAGCAUGGCAAACGUCUAUGCUGUAGGCCCAACAGCAUCACAAACCGCCUACAUAGUGCAGCGGACUCUCUAGAUUUGCUUUCUUGCAAGACAAACAGGAUUUGUGGUCACAAAUCUGCGCCACGCGCGCAUGCGUUUUCAUUAUGGGGAGGGGGGCUUUUUCCUUACGAUAAAGUACGUGCUGCAGGAGGGAAUUCCGACCAGUUUGGGGCGAAGGGAAGGAGGAGCUGUGGAAGGUGGAGAUGUUGUUCCUAGUGCGUCUAGUACAACAAGCACAAAUUUGGCCCAAAAUAAUUAUAGUACUUCCACGACGUCUUUGUCGACCUCUCCUGUCUGUCGUUCCACUUCCACUUUGGUAUCGCAACUGGAGAUCGUGCUGAUGUGCGUCAACGGGGAGAUUUUCAGCUACUUUGGCCGCGAGCUGCCAGUUGUGACGCGGCCCGCUCCAGCGGUCGCUGAUGUUGAGAAACAAGCGAUUGCUGAUGCUAGCACGACAGCGACGUCCACGACGAUUUCUGGCGCUGUGAACAACAGAAGCGCUGCAGUCGUGAAGAAGACCACGACGUCGAAGUCUAGUGGUGGAACUGCACCAGGAAAUAAGAACAGCAGUAAAACUAUUUGUUCGACAGAUGGUGCGAAUGAAGAGGAUCACCACGACGAGGACGAUGAUCACGAUACCUGUGUCUCCUUGAACGUGAACAAUGUGCAAUUUGUGCAGCGGGACCGUUUUGAAGCCGACAAGGAAUACCGAGACGCCUUCCUGCAGGUGAGAAGCCAGUGGUGGAAGUACGUGGUGAUCGGGAAACUGUCUAUGUUGGCGCUAGCGAAGCAGAAGAAGCGGCACUAUGAUGGCGAGCGGUUACAACAGAGAAGAAAUUCGGAAGGUGUAGUAUCAAAAGUAAAACCUUUAAUUCACCUCAUUCCAGGGACGAAAGUGGAGCUGCGGGAAGUCGUUGCUGAGAAGGUGGAUGAAACUGUGGCAAACCUUAGUGGAGCCAGCAGGGUGGAACAAGAAGUUGUGUCGCAAAUAAAGGAGCCCCCGGCAUCCAGUAGUGCUUCCAGUUCUACUGCGGCGAGUACAACCGAGAUACCCAGCACCAGCACAUCCGUGGUGAGCAGUUCUAUUUCUCCUUCCGGAAUGCUUGUAUUUCCAAGUAGUGCUGACACCGCGUGGUCAAGAAGCAAUGACAUCUUUACAACGUCUACUUCCACUCCGGGAAGAUGUAGUACUUCGAAUGAAGGGACGAUAACCCUCCCCCUGGGUGUGGAGCUCCCGAGUGCCAAAAGCAGAACCCCCGGCGGAACCGGAACGCCAGCAACUUCCGUAGCGAGCACCCCAGUAGGAUCCGCGGUAGCUACUUCUCGCGGUGGAGUGCCGCCGAAAGAGAGCUACGGGAGCGCAAAAACUACUUCAUCAUCGAGCGCACGUCCUGGCAAAAAUCUGUUUGCCGGGAAUUUUGCAGUAGGGGGUAGUGAACAACUGUCCACGACCGGAGUACAAGUAGCCACUGCUCCCCUCCGGGAAACGCCCGAAGCGUGCAGUCGAAGGCUGUCGGGGAGAGUCAUGCGGGCUUUGAAUAACAAGCACGCGCUGACCAAAGAGCAUAAGGAGGUAGUGAAAAAAUUGCAGAAGGCCCUGGCAAAGAAGCAGUCGAGCAGCAGUUGUUUUUCGGGGAAGCAGCAGGAUGGAACUGAAAAUACUGGUACCUUUCUCACGUCGGCGGGGAUACUAGCUGGACCUUCUGAAGAUGCUUCGGAUGUCGAGGGUGCGGUUUCCGAGUUGUUGACAAACAUCGAAAAGGCGACGAACUUACCCUCUGUUUCGGCUCUGCUGGAAGGAUUCCUGGCGAACUUGUCGCCGGCAAACGGUGCAAGGUAAGAAGUUAUUCUGAAGCAUGUGCGAAGAGCGCGGAUUCCUUGCCUUAAUGAAGUGGGUUGUAUUGCAAGCUACCAAUCGUUAGAACUACUAAGUAGAGAAAUUCCGAUACAGCGAACCGAUUUUGACUUUUUGAUUGUAGGGAGUGUAUAUGUGUCUUUCAAACUUCUGACGCGGUCGUCGACAUUCAUGACGCAGGGCAAGAACCAAGUACAUGCAGUGCUUUUUUCUCCUACAUUUCGUUGGCUUCUGCAACGAAGGAAAU